AUGCUAAGAACUAAGGUGGUUAGAAGCGUAAGACAUAUUCCUGCUAAUAAAUCGGUCAAUGAGUUGGUUCGUUUUCAGUCUGGUAAUAACGGGGUACUGAAGCAAUCUCGAAUUGCCUCACAGGAAGUAAUACACCCAAGUCAACAUAAGUUUAGGUCCAGGACCAUUGGCUCAGCGAAUGAUGGCGGAGAAUGUGAACUAAAGAACAAAGACGAUGACCUAUAUUUGCUCGAGAAAGGGUUGAGAAAGACGGAUGAACGAGCAUCCAAAUUCACAAACUAUUUAUACAAAAUCAACAGACUCCCUCCAAACUAUGGUUCGAAUCAAAUGAUAGCGAUUGAACAGUCGUUAGAGAACGAAUUACGCUCCAUUCUGGGUCAUUUUAAAUCUCCAAUCAGAUAUGCUUUCGGAUACGGGAGUGGUGUAUUUAGACAGGCUGGGUAUUCCAAAUCUGAUGAGAAGCCUCAAAUAGAUAUGAUAUUUGGCGUAACUCACCCGGAUCAUUUCCAUUCUUUGAAUAUGAGACAAAACCCACAUCACUAUUCUUCACUUCGUUACUUUGGUUCCGAAUUCGUUUCAAGAUUUCAGGAAGUUGGUGCUGGAGUUUAUUUCAACCCAUUCGUAAACAUCAAUGGACAUGAUGUAAAAUAUGGUGUCGUAUCCAUUGAAAGAUUAUUGAGAGAUUUAGCAACUUGGGACUCUUUCUAUCUUGCAGGACGGUUACAAAAACCCGUUAAGGUACUAAAGAAUGAUCUUAGGGUCCAAUAUUGGAACCAGCUAAACUUAAAGGCUGCAGCUACAAUCGCGAAGCACCAACUAACUAAGAAAUACAAAGGAGAACCCUUUUCAGAAUUUGAAUUUUACAAAGAGAUCACAUCGUUGAGUUAUUUGGGUGAUAUCAGAUACAAACUAGGUGGCGAAAAUCCUAAGAAGAUUGACAAUAUAGUCGAAAAGAAUUUGGAAAACUUCAAGUUAUAUUAUAAGCCUAUUUACAACGAUGUUAUGUUGAACAAUUCAACGUACCUACCUCAAAAUUUCACUUUAGAUAAUGCUACGGAACAAUUAACUGAAAGAAUCAGCAGAGGUUCGACGAUACAAACAGCCAAGGGGGUUGUGUCAGCUGGUUUGGUAAAAUCUAUCAGAUAUGCCUGGGCUAAGAAACUGAAAGCAAUGAAAUCAAAUUAA